AUGCUCCUUCAGCCAGAGUCUCUCCAGAAGCCUCACAAUGAUUCCCCGCCCGGGUUCAAGUUCCAUUCUUCAUGCGAUACGUGUCUCAAAGCCAAGAUCAAAUGUAGCCAAGCGAAACCGACAUGUGCUCGGUGCCUCCAGCAAGGUCGCCGAUGUGUAUAUAGUCCAUACCGCAAGAUUGGCCGGCCCUCUACCAAGAAUCUUCCUCUGGACCAGCUGCAGCAACCGAUGGGGAGGACGGCGGGAGGGACGGCCCGCAGAGGCUUAUCACGACGAGUUUCACUCCCAUCGCCCAGCAUUGAGAACGGAUCCAGGCUAGGCAAUCCCCGUCAUGCAACGAAUCAAGUCUUGCAUGCCCAGGAAUCAGCCUUGAUGCCAAGCCAAAACUGGUCCGACCAGGAAUCAACGGGCAAUUUCAACCGUUUGGACUGUGGGUUAGAAGGGACCAACUGGCCCGCCUUGGGGGGGCUUUUAGAUGCAUCCAUGUCGAUGCUACCCCAGACAGACCAUGAGCUAGCCUCUGCAGCCCCCCAGUUGGACCAGGUCCAUGAUCUAGAUCCUAACCCCAACCAAGACGAUCUCACGGGUUACUUGAGCCCUUCAUCAUUAAGUAGCCGAGAAUCCCUUGCCUCGACGUUUCCCCCUGAGACUGAUGCUGGAUCGUUCGGAAUCAGCUCGGAAUUUCCUUUUUCUGCGGGGUACUCUCUGGGGACAGGACCUGUGCUGUCCGAAUCCCUGAAUGCCUUCCCGGUCCUCUCUUCUUUUUCCUCGUCCGCCUCCUCCCCAGCCACUGAGGCCCGUGGGUUCAAUUUAUUCUCUGCACCUGGUGACCGAUGCACGUUGCAAUGUUACCCGGUCCUGAUCAACAUACUUAACGACAUGAAUGAAUUUCAACGAAAAAGCUCAGGCAUCCCCCUUGACGUGCUACUCAAUCUUGACAAGCGAGUGCGCAAGAUACGCGAAAUGACCUUGGGCUGCCCAUGCUGUCUAGUGAGUCGCGCGGCUGCCUUGACACUGAUGUUGAUCGCCUUGGUGAACAUCAACCUUCUCGGUUUGUUUGAGAGGAGCUGUGGAUCCACUGAUGGCGGUUCGGGUAGUAGCAUGAGACGUGGAGGGUUGAGUGUGGCCCCUAGAAUCGCUCUCGGUGGUUCAAGCUCCGUCGGCCAAGACAGGUCGCGGAACCCUUUACCGUACACGACAGGCCAUCUGACCUUGGGGAGCAUCCACCUGGACGAGACGGUGAAAUUGGUCUUUUCACGAAGACUGAUUCGCCUAUACUUGGAGCGACAGCUGGGGGUGGUGCAGCAGUUGAGUCAGUUGCUGGGUAGAGUAGAGGGGGACGCCGCGAGCAUCAAAGUUACACAAGAUUUACUUAGAGAUCAGUUGCGAAGAUUAGAGCACUUCGUCGGGUUUAUUACUCUGACAGACUAG